UGAUUCCAAAACUUUUAGCAACUCAGGUGUUGAUUGGUCUAUAUAAUUGAGAUUUAUUUGUUGUCUCAAAAGCAGAUAGUUGGAAACAUGGCUCAUGCCUUGGCUACAGCACUCACAAGGGAACUUGUGGGAAAUACAAGCUCUCCCUCAACAAGUUCAUGUCCUAAUAUCGGCAACAAUUCUGGCCCUUUGGCUUCAAAUUCUUCAACACGGGUCAACCAGGCAUUAAAACGGCAAUUUCCAAAUCUGUUUCAAAAGUCAGACCUGAAAAAAGGCAAACAGAGGAUUAUCGCCUCAACUCGUUCUACAAAAAUCUCCAACAUUGGAAUAUACGUUUUGCCAGGCCCCACCAAUCUAACCCCCAAAAGUUCUGAUGAGCUUCCCUUAGCACAUGCAGGGUUAGGGAGAAGGGUGCUUUCUUUUUCUGACGACAGCAGGCAUGAGGAGAUUGUCAGUCAGUUGGAGGACGAGUUUAUCAAACUUAAACAACUGAAGGGAAGAUGGAUGUUCCAUAAAGCAUCAGGUGGAGGUGGUCAAAGGAAAUUGUCAAUAAUCCCAAUGGAUGCUGAAGGGCACAGCGGCAAGCUGCUCCGUUCUGCUUCAAAUAAUGGGAAAAUAGUCCUCUUCCUGGUACCCCUCCAGGAAGAACUGGAGACAAGUCCACUUCCAUUUGAUGCGGAGGAGUUUGCCAAAAUGCCUCAGGUGCCCUGUGUCACUUGUGGUAUAACAAUGCCUCUUCAGAUGCUGGUGUUACAUGCUGGGUCUUGCAGAAAAAAAAAAAAAAAUCGGACUGAUCAGACUGAACCUAUAGAGGUUGAUGAGGAUGACUGUGACACAUUGGAGGAGCCAGAAGACACAAUUGAAGAUUUGGAAGAAAGAGAGUGCUGCCCUAUCUGCCAGAGGGAUUUCUUGAAGUCUGUGCUUCCUUAUCAUGCCAGUGAAUGCUGUGGCGGUCUGCUCGGCGAGCUCGGGAUAGUCUUCCCUCCCGGGACCGAAACUGGUGGUGGAGCGGAGCUUGGAGAGGGAGAGCACAAGGGAUCCUGGAGGACGACCCUCAUGGUGAAGGUGGAGAUGGGGAGGAGGUGGGUUGAAGCACGGCUGACGAGCAGGAAGACCCCAGGGUAG